CUAGCGGAAUAUUCUGCGCUUGGUGAUACAAAACAGUCACGGCGCGCGGAAUAUUCUGCGCUUUGAUGCAAAUAGGUUAACAUCUGUAUUUAUCGACAAUGGUUUAAAAAGUAUUAAACGGGAUAUUAAACUUUCGGUUACUUUCGGGUUUCCGAAGCGCUUCGAGCCAUCUGUUGCUAAGUUAUAAACCAGACUAGUAGUACUAUCAUUAGCUGUCAAGUAAUCAGGUGUUCUGAAUUGUAUUAUAGUUUCACAUGAAUUGUUCGCACAAUAUAAUAAAAAAUGAAGGAACCUCCGAGACAAAGUAUAAUAUUUCACCCAAUUAUAUCAUCAAUUCAAAAAAUAGCUCUAUAUGAAACAAAAUCUAGAUUUUACCUGAUGGGUUCAAACAAUACACAAACUCGUUUCCGUGUACUGAAGAUUGACCGAAUGGAGCCAAGAGAAUUGAUAGUUGUUGAUGACAAGACUGAAUACACCCAGGAUGAGAUUAAAGAUCUUGUAAACAUGAUAGAUAUGGGAAACCGUAAUCGAGCAGGCCAGCGUAGCAACGUUAGUGGAGUUGCAAGAGUAGUCUCAGCUUUUGGCAUUAUUGGCAGCAAUAAUAAUGGACCGAUACACGAGGAGGGAGAUGACGAGGAACAAGAGACCUCUGAAAAACCAAAGCAUAGACCGACUCAAACUAGGUUUACCUGGAAGACAAUGUGGGAGAGGGAUACAUUCCCCAGGCUAGUACCAGCAUUUGGUCUACUUGGAUUCGUGCGCUUUCUGGAGGGAUAUUACAUUAUCUUGGUGACCAAAAGAAGAAGAGUUGCAGUGAUCGGUCACCACACGAUAUAUAAAAUAGAAGACACCUCAAUGAUCUACAUUCCAAAUGACACAGUCCGUCUUUUUCAUCCUGAUGAGCAGCGAUACGUCAAGAUGUUCCAGAGUAUCGACCUGAGCAGUAAUUUCUACUUCAGUUAUUCCUAUGAUCUGACUCAUACGUUGCAGCACAAUAUGGCUCCGCCAAGACACAUCAAAUCUGAUGUGCCUAGAGAUCUAACGUCUCAGGAUGCAAUAGAUUCAGAAGAUACAGAGGAGUCUGAGGAUUUUUUCAAUAUGUGGGCUUUGCGAAAAGAUUGGCAGAAUAAUGGCUAUGGAGAGAGAUGCAUAGAUUAUGGUAUACGUAGUAAUCCUCACCGUCGAUUCGUAUGGAACUCCCAUCUCUUAGCACCUGUGGAGAAAUAUCUUCACCGCGAUUGGAAUCUGUACGUCAUUCAUGGAUUCAUUGGUCAAUCAAAUAUCAGUAUAUUUGGAAGAUCAAUGUAUGUGACCAUAAUUGCCAGAAGGAGCAACAAAUAUGCCGGUACCAGAUUUCUAAAGCGUGGAGCAAACUUUGAUGGUGAUGUAGCAAACGAAGUCGAAACUGAACAAAUAGUACACGAUUCCGGGGUCAGUUCAUUCAAUAAUGGCAGAUUUAGUUCAUUUGUACAAAUGCGGGGGUCAGUUCCAGGUCAUUGGCGGCAAGAUGUUAGUAAAAUGGUACCAAAGCCUACAAUAACUUGCGAUUUGACAGAUCCUUAUGUAGAAACAGCAGGGGCACACUUUAAUCAGCUUCUCAAGCGAUAUGGUUCGCCUAUUAUUAUACUGAAUCUUGUGAAGAAACGCGAGAAAAAAAAACACGAAAGCACACUGAGUGAGGAAUUGAGUAUGGCUGUGAAAUAUUUAAACCAAUUUCUACCACCUGAGCAUCAAGUGCAUUAUAUAAGUUUUGAUAUGGCGCGCAUGAACAAAGGAAAGGAGGCGAAAGUCAUGGGUCGUUUAGCGAACAUAGCGCACAAUGCUGUAUUAAAAACUGGAAUAUUUCUGUCACAGAAUCCAUAUUACAGUCAGAGAAAUUUGUUCACUCCUGUGAGUAAUAAUAAGAAACCCCAUAAGGCAGAUUAUAAUUCAAUUAUGUCUACAACUGCGCACGAAUCAAGGAAUUGGAAUGGAGAUUCCGGUAGAAGUGGUAAUACCUCCGUUUCCGGUUUUGAAUCUAAAUCGUUCACCGAUUUGGAUGAUUCCACUUUGUUAGUUGAGAAUAAAAUUCGAGAGUAUUUUGCAACGCGUGGUACCGUCCAAACUGGUAUCAUUCGUACGAACUGUGUAGAUUGUUUAGACAGAACCAAUACUGCACAGUUCGCUAUUGGAAAAUGUGCAUUAGGUUUUCAAUUAUGUGCCUUGGGUGUUUUGGUAUCACCAAAAUUAGAAUUUGAUUCUGAUUGUGUUCGAAUGCUUGAGGAACUCUAUGAGGAUCAUGGUGACACUCUGGCCUUGCAAUAUGGAGGAUCUCAGCUUGUGCACAGAAUAAAAACCUAUAGGAAAACGGCACCCUGGACCAGUCAGGGGAAUGAUAUUAUGCAAACGCUGAGUAGAUACUUCAGCAACACCUUUAGCGAUCAAGAAAAGCAACACACGAUCAAUUUGUUCUUAGGAUUAUUCAUUCCUGAGGAGGGUAAGCCGCCAAUAUGGGAAUUAUGGACGGAUUAUUACCUUCAUCAUAAACCUGCUUGCCGAUAUACUCGCAAAACCAGAUUAUUGACUCAGUGGUGGGAUAAAAAUGUUGGAAAAUGUCUUCCUUAUGCGUUGAACGAAGUUACAAAAACUUGCUCGGAAAUGAUACAAGUUCAACAUACGCAGGAGGAGAUGGUCGAUGUAUUUUAUGAUUAUCACAGGCCUUACGAAUUGUCGUUACUGGCAGAAGUACAUGCCUACAAAAUAAGUCAUUCCGUUCGGGACUUUAUGCCGCAUUUUACGACAAACUAUAGUCCGUUCGCUGUGCGCGUACGUCCUGGUAGAAGAAGAGAAGAAACUGGCAAUAAAAAUGUUAAUAUGAAAAAUCCAUCUAUGACUGGACAGAGCAGUACUAGUAGUACUGCCUCUAGUGCAAGUUCCAGUAUGGAUUCAAGUUCAGAUGACGAUGAGAGUCAUCAUCGGAUCAAUGAUAUGCAGUUAAGUUCAUCGAAGGACAGCAGUGAGUUGGUGUCAUUCGAGAAUCUGUUUCCAUCUAUGAAAGAAGUUUAUGGAAUGCAGCUAGAAUAUCCAAAGAGAAGUGAUAUCACAUUGUAUAAAAGAUUUGUUUUGAUUGGCAAGAAUGCUACUCAUUCAAUGGAUUAUACUAAAUUAAAGUCUAGACUCCUACAACAGACUUCGUUUCGAGAUACUGUUACUGCUAAAAUAACUAUUCCUGUUGUUAAAGAUACCAGCAUAAGUAUCUAUGAGCAGUACGUGAAUAGGGGAAAGGUUGGAGGUUCAGUUCCAAGUCCUACUGAUAUGAAUCUGUAUGACAAGUAUGCUCAGCAACAAAAAGAGCUUAUGGGAUUAAUCAACGUUUAAGCCAUUGUAAAAUAUUUUAUCUGCUACAUAUUACCCAAUCUAAACAUCCGGUUGUUUAUGUACCAAAUGAUGAUAUGUUGAAUAAAUUAAUUCCGUGUUGAAUGAAUCAA